CACUGUAGACUGAAAACAUUAAAACAUUAUAUCUACUAUACAUGUUCUAAAUAUUCUAUGUACAGCUUCUGCAUUGCAUUGUUGAUUGAGAGAGAGUAGCUAUACUAAGUACAAUAUACUGGCAUCAAUUUAAAGCCCUUAUAUAUGGCCCAUGUGCUCUAUACCAAUGGCUUUGAAGUAAGUGGCUCGACUGUACAUGUAUGACUUUUUUUUAUUUAUAAUUUUGUAGAUGUUUUUUCUCUCUACCACAACACGUUUUUUGGUCUUAACAAUGCAAUGUUUUCACCUGCACUUAAAAUAGCUCCAGCCUCCACCUCCCCAUAACAGCAUAUUAUUCUCAUAUACUGUUCCUCAUUCUUCACCUCAAGCCCCACCUAAACACAUGACUGGUAUUUAUUCACAACCACCCAAACAUGCAGGUGUUUGUCCCUGAUUCUUCAUUCUUGGAGCUUCUGGAUUGUUCCCAGUGUGAAGAAAACACUUUAUCUGUGACCUUUCGCUGUUGUUCAUUCUGACAAGAACAGACCAAGCACUCUAUUGGUUCCAAGCACUUGAAAAUUCAGGGAGAGGCAGCUUCACUUGUUACUCCGAUUUAUUUGUGGCAGCACUACAACUUCAGAAGACCUAAUCUUUAUUGAGUACAUCAGGCCAGAAAUACCAAAGAUUAACCAUUCUCCAAAAAAUUAAAUCGAAGCGCAAUGGCACAAGAGUUGGACUACCGCGCUCUUAUGAAUGGGAUUCAGGAGCUUGAUUUCCAGGCAGAUGCAGUGCCAAGUGACCUUGUGCUAAUAGGCAACCAAGCCUUCCCGCUCAGCAUGAAUCCAAGAGGUCAGGUCCUUAUGGCUGCAUCUCGCUAUGGCCGGGGACGUAUAGUAGUGUUGGGACAUGAGGGGUAUUUAACACGUUUCCCAGUCCUGGUAGAAAAUGCCUUGAAAUGGCUUAUGCCAUCUGAGUCUAAAAGCAAAACUAUAGGCAUUCAAAAGAGUUACAGUUCCCUUGAAGAAAAUUUAUCCAACUGCACUCUGAAAACCAAGGUAGGAGAUUUCCAAAAUGCUGGUUUAGCAGUCUAUGUCACCAAUGCCUACAGUGUCGAUUCAUGUGCCAAAGAGUUAAUAGCCUUCCUUAAAUCUGGGGGAGGCUUGCUCAUUGCUGGUCAAGCUUGGCACUGGGCUCAGACCCAUCCAGGAGAGAAUACAUUACUCUGCUUCCCCGGCAACAAAGUGUGCAGUGUGGCAGGAAUCUAUUUCUCACAUCUUCCAGGGGAAUGUGGCAAAUUUCCUGUUCCCAUGGAAAUUCCCUCGAGCUGGCUGGCAGUGUCGAUUGGUAAGGACUUCAAAGAUGACCUAAAGUUCCUACUCCAAGGUGUUUCUGAGUUUGAUAUUCGAGGUGGGGCUUUAGCUUCUGAAGUGUUGACACAUGGACCCUUAGCCUUUCCUAUUGCAUGUGACCCAUCUGGGAGAGCAUUCAUUGCUGGGGCCUACUAUGGACAAGGGAGAAUAAUUGUGGCCACCCACGAAAGCUACCUUGGUCGUGAUUCGCUGUCUACCUUCUUGAUCAAUGCUAUCCGCUGGCUUGAUGAAGACCGCAAAGGGGUUAUCGGAAUCGUGCCCCAACUUAAAGAUGCCCAUCGUGUUCUGAGCAAGUCAGGGCUAAACUGUCAAUUAACUGGAUUUAGAAAAGACCUAAGUGUUUUUGUCUGUAAGUCCUACGAUGAUUCUCAAUGUCAGCAGAUCCAGGAGUUUGUUGCCGAGGGUGGAGGUCUCAUGAUAGGAGGUCAUGCUUGGUACUGGGCACAGUCCAACCCUCAGCGCAAUGUGAUGACUGAUUGCCCACGAAACCGUAUCCUCACUAAAAUGGGACUCUCUGUCAUGGGUAAUACCUUGAAAGGUGGCUUGUACAAAGCCCAGAAAAUAACUGAAGAUGGGGACAGAAGAACAGAGGCAUACCAUUUCCGUGACUUGCUGCAGCACUUUGCUUGCCAUGUCGUCGAGGGCAAGGAUCUUUGUAAACAUGAACAGGAAUGUCUGCAGAAGCUGAGAAAUGAUUGCACAAAUUAUCUGCGCAUGCAGGAUCAUGACAAUGCUUCUUAUACUUCAAUGGUUGCACUGCUCACAGAUAUGGUGAAAAAGGCAGGCGUUCCACAAGUGUGUCAAACAUGUCCUGUUAAAAGUACCAAAGAUAAACUACUGCUUAAUGUGGGAAGUGAGGUGUACAGGGUGUGCAAAGAUCCUGAUGCACUUCUGCCAUUCAUCAUCAACGACAUACCCAACCUACCUACGGUAUCCAAUGCGAGAGUCCGGAUCAGUGCAAACACAUCUGGUUGUGAAGAAUGGAUAAGCACAGGUUUGUAUCUUUCUCCUGGAAUGAGGACUUAUGUUGCAGUACCUCAAGAAAUCAAAGGCAAAGGUUGGCAGCUGCAGAUUGGAUGUCAGACAGAUUCCUUGGGCGAUGCAGAUGUUCUGACACGCGCUUCUGUGGUGCACGAGCGAUUUGCUUUGGAGAGUGAGAUGCUGUUGGUCUGUAAUUUGUGGGGAGGCCUCAUAUACAUAAUUGCACCAUGCAAGAGCAAAGUGGAUGAGGUGGAGGUUGUUGUACAAACAGCCAUAAAAGCCCCAUACUACAAGUUUGGACAAACCAGUGUAGCAGACUGGGUGAAGGAGAUCCGUAAUGCACCAGCUCCUUGGGCAGAACUGGAGUUUGAGAAUCUAAUCAUUACCUCACAGUCAGACUUCAUACGUAAACUGGACCGACCUGAUAAGGUGGCGGCUCUCUGGAAUUCCAUAAUGAAGGGUGUGGCCGACUUAGCCUCAAAACCUGCCAAGUUUCCACGCAAGGAACGUUUUGUCGCUGAUGUUCAGAUCUCUUGUGGUUUCAUGCAUGCUGGCUACCCGGUAAUGAUUCACUCCUCCUCUGUCGCAGCACUCUUGAAGCCAGAGACAGCUCGAACACAGGGUAUUUGGGGGGCCAUUCAUGAAUUGGGCCAUAAUCAGCAGCGCUCUGUGUGGGAGUUCCCCCCACAUACCACUGAGUGCACCUGUAACCUGUGGUCGGUGUAUGUGCAUGAGGUGGUGCUGGGGGUGAACAGGGCCAAGGCUCAUAAGAACAUGUCUCAAGAAAGCAGAAAGAAACGAGCUGAGAAUUAUGCUAAGGGAGGCAGGAAUCUGAAAGACUGGAGUGUCUGGACAGCCCUGGAGACAUACAUGCAGCUGCAAGAUCGUUUUGGCUGGGAUGCUUUUAAGAAAGUCUUUGCAGCUUAUCACAGCAUCAGUAAAGUCCCAAAAGACCGAGAUGGAAAGAUGAACUUGUAUGCUGAAACAUUCUCAAAGGUGGUGAACAUGAAUCUGGCUUCUUUCUUCAAAGCCUGGGGUUGGCCUAUUCAGCCCUGCACUGAGGAAAAGCUCAGCAGUCUGCCUCAGUGGAGUGACCAUCCCAUGGCCCAGUAUGCUUGAUUCCCCAAUCCCCCAGUGUUUGAUGUCCCAGGCCCAUAAUGCCCCUUGUUUGCCUAAUACUGAAAGCUUGGUGUGAUUUUCUUUUGGGUGGUGGCUAUGGCUUGGGUCUGAAUAUAAUGCUUAUAAAUAUAAACAUAUGAGUGAAAAUAAUUCUCAGAGACAUGAUAUAGAUGUAUAUACAGAUACUAGGGUGCAUCAGUUGCCCCCUAAAAAUGAAAAGUUCCUCCAAUCAUAAUGCAUUUUUGUUUUUAUGUUCCUUUUGGUAAGAAAACACACUGGGUGAAAUAUUUUGACAAAAUUCAAAAGUUUAAUGGUGGCACCAGGAGCCCAAAGUUAUGGAAAAAGCUGCUAUUUUAUGACUUUUAUGACAAAAUUUAGAUCACUUUUCAUGAAACAUUAUGGCACCUUAUAGAGUAUACCAAAUAUCUUAGAUACACAGUUUUAGUACAUAUUCUAAAUAUAUUAUCAAGCACAGUUUGAGUUUUAGCUGUUCAUUGAAUCAUUGUUCAACUACUUUUAAACAAUACAAAUGUAUUAUGAAUCACAUUAAUGCUUCUCAAUCCCUUGCAAAGGUUCUUAACAUGAUCUCUGGGUCACAAGAAAUCAAUAAAUGGAGUCCAACAUUGUGAUUCAAACCUUACGCGAAAACAUAAAAUAAGCAUUUUUUGGCAAAAAAUGAACCUCAUGGUGCCACCAUUAGACUUUUGAAUAUGGUCAAAAAAUUUUACAGGAUGUCUUUAUUGGUGAAAAGGAACACCCAAACAAAAAUGCAUCAGAUUUUAUGAAAGUGAGGGCAACUGAUGCACCCUAACAGAUACACAUGAAAAACAAUUUCUUAAGAUAAUUAAUCACAGCAUGCUCACAGGUAAUCUCUUUUUUAAAGAGUUAAAUAUAUACUCUACACACACACACACACACACACACACACACACAUAUAUAUAUAUAUAUAUAUAUAUAUCUCCCAUCUCAUUAUCUCUAGCCGCUUUAUCCUUCUACAGGGUCGCAGGCAAGCUGGAGCCUAUCCCAGCUGACUACGGGCGAAAGGCGGGGUACACCCUGGACAAGUCGCCAGGUCAUCACAGGGCUGACACAUAGACACAGACAACCAUUCAUACUCACAUUCACACCUACGGUCAAUUUAGAGUCACCAGUUAACCUAACCUGCAUGUCUUUGGACUGUGGGGGAAACCGGAGCACCCGGAGGAAACCCACGCGGACACGGGGAGAACAUGCAAACUCCACACAGAAAGGCCCUCGCCAGCCCCGGGGCUCGAACCCAGGACCUUCUUGCUGUGAGGCGACAGCGCUAACCACUACACCACCGUGCCGCCCUAUAUAUAUAUAUAUAUAUAUAUAUAUAUAUAUAUAUAUAUGUGUGUGUGUGUGUGUGUGUGUGUGUGUGUGUGUGUGUGUGUAACAGCUAUUCUGCAGAAUCAGCCUGCAGAUCUAUUCAUGCUGUUUGCAAAUAAAACAAAUCUUGAAAUAUAA